AUGGAAUGGGGUCGUCUCAAGCGUUCGAGUCGGCCCAAGCAUUCGGCUCCCCACUACACGAACCCGAUGUUGUUCCGGAAACACGAUCCGAGCGAAAAAAAUGUGAUAACGUGGGAGCCUGAUGAGGAGUAUGCGUUAACCCGCGCUUUCAUCGAUGUGUCGGAGGACCCGGUUAUAGCAAACAAUCAAAGUAAAUUCGUUUUUUGGUCCCGAAUACGAGAACUUUUUUUCGAUCUCAUGGGUAAAAGAGACGAAUACCGCCCACCGGACUCUAUAUCGGGCAAGUGGACCGAUAUAAACAAAAAAUGCACGAACUUUCAAACCGUGUACCAACACACGUUUGCUGGAUGGAAAAGCGGAAGUAAGGACGGAGACAUUACGCAAGCGGCAUUGGGAAAUAAAUGGCCGUCAAAGAGGUCCAAAACAAACGAGUCGGGUGAACCCGAAACGCCAACCUCCGACGCUCGAAACACUGAGGUGAACGAGGAUAUUCCGGAUGACGAGCCGGUGGAGGAGCUACCAAGACCGUCCGGAAGAAGUAGGCGGGCGAAAAAGCCUGAGUCGUCAUCGAUGUCUAUGGGAACGGAUAUGAGUAACGCAUUUUCGGAGAUAAACAAGCGACUUCAAGAUAUACACGAACUCGGUACUAAACGUAUCGAGGAGAACCGCGAAGUUACGGAGAUUAUGCGGGAUAGACAAUGGGCUCACGACUUUGAGUUCUACUCAAAACCGCAUGACCACUUAACGGGAAAAGCUUUGAAAAUGGCGUUAGCACAAAAGGAGCGGAUUGAAAAAAAAUAUAACCUUUGA